AUGACAUCAAACGGCGCAUAUCCUUGCAACAGAGGAUUGACUGGCAGAGACAUGGAGGCGUUGCUAGCAAAGCCAAUAGCUGUACGAGGCACUAACUGCAUCACUUCCCCAGUCCACUGCCGAACAGAGCCCCCAAGGGGCGCGAUAGCUGACCUAUCCUUGCAUCACUCUCUCAGUGCCAGGCCUAUCCAAUCAAACCACUUUCGCCGUUUGCAAAAUCACUCCUCAGUAGUUACUGCCACUCCGGAAAGUUCAGCAAAAUCACAACGACCUGGGUUGAACGGUAGCAGCAUAGCCUCAAAAGCAGUUGGCCGGAGGGGGUUUUGCAGCAGGGCCCUGGGCAGCGGGGAUCAGCCAGCCCAAUCAGGGCAGCAAGAAGCCAAGUCAGAGUCUGACAAGGCCUCCGUGUCCCCACCGGAGCAGAACAUGACGGAGGUUAUGAGCGAGAGCCAAUUCUGGAGGCAGCUGAUCGACCGCAGCUUAGGCGAGUUGUCUUCCUCUUCCGGAGGAGGCGUCGCAAGCGAGGUCGGGGAUCAACUAGAUGUGGGGCAAAGCAGCGGAAAGGUGAAAGGGGUCACGGCAGCCCCUGAAUUGACGAGGACCACCGGGAGCAACCCCCCUUCUAGUUCCAGCUCUGCUCAAACCCCUGGAGAUAGCCAGAACUUGGGUUCCACCGCAAUCAGCCCAGAGUCGGACAGCGGAACCCCGCAACCGGCGGGACCAUCGCCCGCUCUCGAAGUCAACGGUGUCUCCUCUGAGGCUCCUCUGCAACCCCAAAUUAGUGCACAGGCAAAGUCCUCUCUAAAUGAAGGAGCGACGUCCAGCCCCAAAGCGGCUUUCAAGCGGAGAGAAACCGACCUUCGAAUGGCGCCCAAACCUGGUGGGGGGGUGCCGAGACGGUCCGGGCCGCAGGUAGCGGAGCCCCUCACUGCGGAGGAUCUGGAAAAUAUGGCACAGCUAAUGGGGAUGUCGGUAGGGGAACUAGAGCGGAACUCUGCGGGAAAUGGGCUGACGUUCGAGGCGGCGGCAGCGGGACCGGCAGGAGAGAGGGAGGCGGAAGCAAAUGCGCAGCAGGAGAAGAAGUUGCCACGUGGAACCACGACGGCGCCGCCAGGUGGCAGGCGCCCGCACGUGCAGGAGGGCAGGAGGCCGGCUCCGAAUGUGGUGUUGUCGAGGGAGUCGGGGGCGAGCGUUUCGAGCACGAAUCUGGAAAAAGUAGACAGAAGCGAGUUGACGAAGGUACGCCAGAGCCUGAAUCAGAAGCUGAGCGAAGCAAACAUGUAUAACCGGCAUCUACAACGGGAGAUAAGCGCACGCGACGCGGCAGUGAAUGAGAGCACGUUGUUUCUUGGGGCGCUGCAAACAGAGCUUAAGACUCUGGUAGAAAUAGCCAAGGAGAUCGCAGCCGGCGGCCCAACGCCUGUAACCAGGAAAAUCAACGGCCGGUACAUCCAGUCGCAUCUCGCGUCCAGGUUAGAAGACUUGCACUCCCAAUUAGCGGGGCAGCUGCAGCAAGUGGACGUCGUGCGGUUGCGGGAGGUGCCGGUGACGUGGCUAGGCGUUGCGGAGGAUGUGAAGCUGAUGGGCUCGUUUGACGGCUGGACCCGGGGCCAGCACCUCUCCCCCGAGACGACCGGGUCGUACACGCUUUUCUCAAGCGUGCUGCAGCUUCGACCGGGCAGGUACGAAGUCAAGUUCGUUGUGGACGGAAAAUGGCAGCUGGCACCUUCUUGGCCAGUCGUCGGGGAGGGGCUGAGCGCCAAUAACCUCUUAGUGGUCGAUUGAUUUGUUGGUUGGCGAUUGGCUGAUAAGCUAUCGUGAAUGGAAUGUGCUCAAAAGCGUCGAGCUCGCCCGUCCACAGUUAAGUGACGCGUUUACGCGCAAUGCAGUUCUGUACAACCACACAGUGGUGAGGAGUGAAGACUCCAAUUAUUAACAAUCUCAAAGAACCGGGACUGUUUAAGUAACUUGAAAAGACAUUAUAUGGGACUGGUAAGAGGAAGAAGUAGCAAUUAGCAGGGUUGCAGCGCCUUAUGGUUUAAAAAUUGCUACUCAGUUCAUGGGGAAAACGAACCAUGGACUGCUGGAUUAUCCAAUGAUCCACCAAUUCUCGCAAAGCAGCAAGGGGUAUGCUGACCAACACACUACAGAAUGUUGUCCCACUGGUUGUGACCUUGCUGCA